AAGACAGAAAAUGCGCACCCCACUCCGCGCUUUCCAUCACGCCCUUCUCGCAGAAGCCAUCUUGUUCUCGCGCAUUCGAUUGCCCGCGGUUACUCCCCUGGUUGUGCGUCGGCAGUACGGUGGUGCCGUCUGUGCAGAUUGUCGGAGGAGCAUGAGGGAUGGGCGGAGAGCUGGUGAAGCUCUCGUCCUUGCGUCUCUGCAAAAAGCACAGGGAUCUACAACGGCGCUGUCAAAAGUUCUUUGUCGGAGUGGCCGAAGACACCGACAGCAACAGCAGGUUAGAGUGAUUUCUAGCGCUCGGGCUGAUUCUGCUGGGGUUUUAGAUGGAGCAUCAGGCAUCUCUGCGGCGAAUACUAGUGGACAAGAGCUUUACGGACCAAUUCAAGAGUAUGAGACGCGCGUGCAGUCGGGGAAAUUGAGGGAUGAUGCGCAUCAGCGAGAGAUCGUCCAGCAUCUCCAAGACCUCCACGAGAUGCUUCGCUCCUACAUUCCACCAACUGUAGUCCAUCCAACUCUCGAGUCCCUCCAAGACCCAGAACCGAAAACCUCUUUCUUCAACACCCUAUUCAGCCGAAAGCCGUCCCCGCCAACUACGACACAGAUCCCAGCUAACCUACCUAAGGGCUUGUAUAUGCACGGCGACGUAGGUUGCGGCAAAACAAUGCUGAUGGACCUAUUCUUCGAUACGCUGCCAGCAAAUAUCACAUCACGUCAGCGCAUCCACUUUCAUAAUUUCAUGCAAGACGUGCAUAAGCGCCUGCAUGUAAUGAAGAUGAAGCAUGGAGUUGAGUUUGAUGCGGUACCGUUUGUUGCGGCCGACAUUGCGGAAGGGGCGAGUGUGCUAUGUUUUGAUGAGUUUCAGUGCACGGAUGUAGCAGAUGCGAUGAUUCUGAGGAGGCUCCUUGAAUCCCUCAUGUCCCACGGCGUCAUCCUCGUCACAACCUCCAACCGCCACCCAGACGACUUGUACAAAAACGGCAUCCAGCGCGAAUCCUUCAUCCCCUGCAUCACCCUCCUAAAAACCUCCUUAACAGUCCUUAACCUCGACUCCGCCACGGACUACCGAAAAAUCCCUCGUCCGCCGUCAGGGGUGUACUACCACCCGCUCGGCAUGCCGGCUGAUCGUCACGCGGACAAAUGGUUCGAGUACCUGGGUGACUUCGUCAAUGACCCACCACACCACGCCGUGCACCAGGUGUGGGGACGUGAUAUCGAGGUGCCGUUGGCGAGUGGCAAGGCUGCGCGGUUUACGUUUGACCAGCUGAUUAACCGGGCAACAGGGGCAGCGGAUUAUCUUGAGCUGAUGCGGAGUUACGAAUCGUUUAUUGUAACAGAUGUACCUGGGAUGACGAUCGAGCAGCGGGAUUUGGCGAGGCGAUUUAUCACGUUUAUUGAUGCGGUUUAUGAGAGCCGGGCAAAACUCGUCCUCACCACGGCUGUCCCGCUAACGAAUCUCUUCCUCUCCGAAGAAGAACUUCAGGAAUCGAUCGCUGAAAGUGAUAAAUCAUCAGCGUCGUCAUCGACAUCGUCAUCAUCCAAAAACGUUAACAACAGCCAGGAUGAAGUACCUGAAAACCUCCCAGACUCCAUGCGACAUCUCAUGGAUGAUCUGGGCCUGUCCAUGUCCGCGCUGAAAUCCAGCUCCAUUUUCAGUGGCGACGAGGAACGCUUUGCCUUUGCGCGAGCGUUGUCGCGGCUUGCUGAGAUGGAGGGGAAGGAUUGGGUGGAACGCGGGUUGGGGAUUGGAAUGGAUACGAGAAUGGGAGAGGUGGAAAAGACUGCGUGGAAUAAGGCUCGGAGUCGGUGGAGGGAGGAUAGUAUGUGAGUUCAUUUUCCGUUUUAGAGGCUGGGGCAAGGUAUAUAGAUUAUACAUGUUUGGGCUUUAUUUUAUUUUAUUU